AAACAAAUCGCACCAUGAGCACAGAUAACCCCAGGCUUCAGGUCUGUAAUCUGACUGUGGCCAUCGGCAACCAGAAAUGAGUUUCUUUCUAAUCAGCCUUCCAUCAGUCUCCAUUCAUUCAUAUAAAGAAGCCCGGGGAUGGGAGGAUUCGUAUUGCUCUUCAGCACCAGGGCUCUGGACAGCACCCCAAGCAGGCAACUGAUCGCACGCCCCUUCCUCUCAAUCUCCGCCAGCGCUGCUAUUGCCCCUCUAGUCCCCCCUGCUGCAGAGAAAGAAUAUUACACUGGGAUCCAUGCAGCCAGCAAUGAUGAUGUUUUCCAGUAAAUACUGGGCAAGGAGAGGGUUGUCCCUGGAUUCAGCAGUGCCCGAAGAGCAUCAGCUAUUUGGCAGCUUAACAAUAAAUAAAGCUAACUCUGGCAAAAAUGACGACAAAGGCAACAAGGGAAGCAGCAAAAGUGAAACUGCUGCUGAAAGUGGCAAGACAGCUGUUGUAUUCUCCUUGAAAAAUGAAGUUGGUGGAUUGGUAAAAGCAUUGAGGCUCUUUCAGGAAAAACGUGUCAACAUGGUUCAUAUUGAAUCCAGGAAAUCUCGGCGAAGAAGUUCUGAGGUUGAAAUCUUUGUGGACUGUGAGUGUGGGAAAACAGAAUUCAAUGAGCUCAUUCAGUUGCUGAAAUUUCAAACCACUAUUGUGACGCUGAAUCCUCCAGAGAACAUUUGGACAGAGGAAGAAGAGCUACAGGAUGUGCCCUGGUUCCCUCGGAAGAUCUCUGAGUUAGACAAAUGCUCUCACAGAGUCCUCAUGUAUGGUUCUGAGCUUGAUGCUGACCACCCAGGAUUUAAGGACGAUGUCUAUCGCCAGAGAAGAAAGUAUUUUGUGGAUGUGGCCAUGGGUUAUAAAUAUGGUCAGCCCAUUCCCAGGGUGGAGUAUACUGAAGAAGAAACUAAAACUUGGGGCAUUGUAUUCCGAGAGCUCUCCAAACUCUAUCCCACUCAUGCUUGCCGAGAGUAUUUGAAAAACUUCCCUCUGCUGACUAAAUACUGUGGCUACAGAGAGGACAAUGUGCCUCAACUUGAAGAUGUCUCCAUGUUUCUGAAAGAAAGGUCUGGCUUCACUGUGAGACCCGUGGCUGGAUACCUGAGCCCACGAGAUUUUCUGGCGGGACUGGCCUACAGAGUGUUCCACUGUACCCAGUACAUCCGGCAUGGCUCAGAUCCCCUUUACACUCCAGAACCAGACACAUGCCAUGAACUCUUGGGACAUGUUCCACUACUUGCGGAUCCUAAGUUUGCUCAAUUUUCACAAGAAAUAGGUCUGGCGUCUCUGGGAGCAUCAGAUGAAGAUGUUCAGAAACUAGCCACGUGCUAUUUCUUCACGAUCGAGUUUGGCCUUUGCAAGCAAGAAGGGCAACUGCGGGCAUAUGGAGCAGGACUCCUUUCCUCCAUUGGAGAAUUAAAGCAUGCCCUUUCUGACAAGGCAUGUGUGAAAGCCUUUGACCCAAAGACAACUUGCUUACAGGAAUGCCUUAUCACCACCUUCCAGGAAGCCUACUUUGUUUCAGAAAGUUUUGAAGAAGCCAAAGAAAAGAUGAGGGACUUUGCAAAAUCAAUUACCCGUCCCUUCUCCGUAUACUUCAAUCCCUAUACACAGAGUAUUGAAAUUCUGAAAGACACCAGAAGUAUUGAAAAUGUGGUGCAGGACCUUCGCAGUGACUUGAACACAGUGUGUGAUGCCUUAAACAAAAUGAAUCAGUAUCUGGGGAUUUGAUGCCUGGAACUGAUGUUGCCAGUGUAAUCUUUUUGGGGCUUAGCAGCAAUCCAGUCAAUGUCAUAUAACACAAAUAACCUUCCGUGUCAUGGCUUGGCAAAUAAGCAUGCAAUUCUGUAUAUCUAUACCAUCUUGUAACCUACUGUGUUAACAUAUAAAACAACAUAAGAAACUCAAUGGCAGAUAACCACUCAUUGUAUGAAAGAGUGUAAUAUGUUUAAAUGUCUUUAAAAGAUUUGACAUUCCUGCUUAGUGUCCUUAACCAAAAUGCAUCUACUUAAAAUUUGUAACAAAUAGCCCUUUUAGGAGUCUGUCUUAUGCCCUUUUCUUUCUCAGAUCUAAGCCUUUCCUUUGUUCAUUAGACAAAACGAAAAAACAGGGAAACUGUUUCUGUUUUCAAUAGUAUCAGUGUUUCACAGCAUUGCUUGAGAUAAACCCAGAAUUUUAGGAAACUUCCCAUCACAAUAACAAAAGAUUCAAUAUUCUGUUUCAAAAACUGUUGAGGUAACACAGCAGGUGGAAUGAUUUUUAGGUUGAGUAUUUAUACAAUGCAAAAAAAGACCUUUUUACAAAUGGAACAUGUAGGUUGCAUUGACCUUGUAGAACCUGAGUUAUGGCAAGCUUCCUGAAGUAUUUUGGAGGAUAGUACUUCCAGAAAGGACAUUAGGUAAGACUAAACAGUGGGCAAUCAAUCUCCGGACUAUGAAUUUUAUGCUGGAAUAAAGUAAAUCAUCAUUAUCAGGUGAUUAAACAUUUUUUUUCUGGUCAGAGGAGAAUAAAAUCUCAGCUAUAAAGAUCAUCUUAGAUUUCAGAGAUGUGGAAGUUGAGUCACAAAGAAGUUGUGAUUUGCCUGAAGCGGCACAGUUAGUUGUGCACUAACAGUCAUAGUGCACUGCACUUUCCUUUUGUUUUGCUGAUAAAUCUGUCUGGUGCCUGCAUGUGUUUCUGUCAUCCAAGAUAGGAAAGUUCUUUUUGGUAUGUGCAUGUGUUAGUAUGUCACCGGAGAUGGAAAAUAAUGCCUGUCCGAACUAAUGUUUAUCAGUAAACAGAAGUUGGCUGUGGUCAAGGGUUGCCCACAGUAUAUAUGUUGUUUCCCCUCAUAGCUGAAAAUCAGGCCAAAUCUAUGGAAGGUUUUCCACUUUCCCAAAGUUUUGGCAACUUUGGGUAAACAGUAGUGACACAGCAUAAAUUUUUGGUGGCCUUUGCAGUAAAAGAUGAAAUUAAGUGGUUAGGUGAACAAAUAGAAAACUGCUGAGAGUGAAUGAAUUUCUUCAGAUUCCCUCACCAAACAUAACCACUGUUCUUCCGAGUCUGCAUUUGGUAGUACAGAACAGUGGAUCGGGGAAGGAGGGGGCAAGAAAACUAGAGAAGAAAAAAAUGACAAAAUAGCAAUUUAAAAUAUUUAAAACUU